CCAGUAUCUAAGGCCUAUUCUCCUCCCACAGAAGUCUACUGGCUUCUAGCUAUGCAUUGCUUGAAACCCGCUAUGAUAUAGUCUCCAUAAGAUUAGCGCAUAAUGGCGCUGGACGCUUCCAGCGGUUAUGUUGCACCCAGCAACUUGGCCGAGCCCUUGGACUCGUUGCUGCCCAUAUUCGAUGUCCAACCUGUUCAGCUUCGAUUCCCGAUAGCCGCAGAUUUUGUGGCUGCGCAAGUUGCAAAUAAUGUACUUAUACUCGCCUUGUCUACCGGCCGCAUUCUACGCAUUGACCUUGAAGCCCCCGAAGACAUUGACGGUAAGGGUCCAGCUGCAGACGUCUAGAUUGCAUGUCUACUGUUCCUAAUGCUGAAUGGCCUGGCAUACUUCCAGAUAUUGAUCUUCCAAGAAAAUCUUCGGAAACGGGAAUAAUACGUCGCAUGUUCCUCGACCCCUCCGCAUCUCACCUAAUUAUUACCACAACUCUCGGCGACAACUACUAUCUUCAUACUCAGUCGAGGCAACCGAAACCGUUGUCAAGGUUGAAAGGCGUGCCGAUUGAGAGCGUCGCUUGGAAUCCAUCAUUACCCACAACAUCUACCAGAGAGAUUUUACUGGGUACCACAGAUGGCACUGUUUACGAGACUUACAUCGAGCCAUCCACUGAGUUUUAUAGGAGGGAAGAGAAGUACGUGACUGCUGUUUACAGGGUGCCAGAGACAUCGCCAGUAGUGGGGAUCUGGGCGGAUUUAGUACCUACGAAACCUGAAAGGAGACGAGUGCUGGUCGCGACACAGGGAACAUUCCGGCAUUUCUUAGGGAAUGCAGGGAGACAUGGCAGAGAAGGUGGAAGCUCUGUGUAUGCGGAUUUUUUCCAGCGGGAGACACCUCUGGCUCAUGAGAUUCAGGGCCGACCUGGCGCCGCACCCUCCACGCUGGCCAUCUCUCCUGCCCUUUCUGACGGUUAUUCCGCAGGUUUCGUUGACAAGGAAUUUGCGUGGCUCAAUCACCAGGGAAUAUUUCAUGGUCAAGUUACAUAUUCAUCCGACAAAAUAAGUCGACCUUUUGAAAGUUCCAGGUUGAUACCUCGCUCGGUAUUUCCCGAAACUCAGUCCGCGCGAGGGGGAAGGAAACUGAUUCAGGACCCCAUAAGUGCAAUGACGCUGUCACAAUGGCAUAUAUUAACGCUUGUGGAAGGGAGGAUAAUAGCCGUCAAUCGCCUGAAUGACAAGGUUGUUUGCGAUCAACCAUUGCUUGAACCGGGGCAGAGCUCCCUUGGUCUUCUGACAGACAGGAUGAAGAGCACGUUCUGGCUGCUGACUAGCCGGGAGAUUUAUGAGAUCACUGCUCAUGAUGAAGACAGAGAUAUUUGGAAAGUAUUCCUUCAGGAGCGGAAGUUUGACGAAGCUCUCCAGUAUGCGCAUGGAGCUGCUGAGAAAGAUGCGGUCGCUACUGCUUCAGGCGACUUCUUAGCCAGCAAGGGCCGUUAUUUAGAAGCGGCUAAAAUAUGGGGCAAGAGUAGCAAAGGGUUCGAAGAGGUCUGCUUAACGUUGAUUGACAACGGGGAGCAUGAUGCUUUGCGCACCUACCUUCUUUCUCAACUGUCGGCUUAUAAGAAGUCAUCUACCAUGCAGAGAAUUAUGGUUGCAAGCUGGCUUGUAGAAGUAUUCAUGGCGAAACUGAACUCCCUGAACGAUAAUUUAGCCACCAAGGCGGAACUGACCGAGGGCACGAGCACUGGGGACAUCAGGGACGAACUCAGUAGCGUCCGGGCUGAAUUCCAGGAGUUUGUGAACAAAUACAAGGCAGACUUGGACAAAAAGACGGUAUACGACAUCAUCGGCAGCCAUGGUAGGGAAGAGGAAUUGCUCUUCUUUGCUACAGCCACCAAUGAUCACAAUUAUGUGCUAUCGUAUUGGAUCCAACGCGAGAAAUGGUCGGAGGCAUUGAAUGUCCUACAAAAGCAAAGCGAUCCCGAUAUAUUUUAUAAAUAUAGCACCGUCCUCAUGGCGCAUUCUGCUACGUCUUUGGUUGACAUUUUGAUGCGACACACGAAUCUCGACCCCGAGAAAUUGAUACCUGCGUUGCUGAACUAUAAUAAGACGGCGAAUGUCCCUCUGAGCCAAAACCAGGCUGUUCGAUACCUUAAUUUCAUCAUCGUCAACCACCCCAGACCAUCUGCUGCUGUGCACAACACCCUUAUAUCGAUUCACGCAUCGAGUUCCUCAACAUCUGAGGCUGGUCUACUUACUUAUCUUCAGUCGCAGCCGUCAUCUCCACCUCCGUACGAUGCUGACUUCGCCCUCCGGCUGUGCAUCCAACACCAGCGCAUCCAGUCCUGUAUCCACAUCUACAGCACUAUGGGACAAUACCUCCAGGCAGUCGAAUUAGCAUUAAAACAUGACGAUAUCGAACUAGCAGCGAUUGUAGCGGACCGGCCGGAGGGCAACGACAAGCUUCGCAAGAAGCUAUGGCUACUUAUUGCGGAGAAGAAGAUCCGACAACCGGGAACCGGCAUAAAAGACGCAAUUGAAUUCCUUCGGAGAUGCGAGCUUCUCCGCAUUGAGGAUCUCAUUCCAUUCUUCCCUGACUUCGUGGUCAUCGAUGACUUUAAAGAUGAAAUCUGCAGUGCUUUAGAGGAUUACUCGCGGCAUAUCGAUGCUCUGCGACAGGAGAUGGACAAUUCCGCACAGACGGCUCAUCGCAUCCGAUCUCAAAUCACCACUCUGGACACGCGGUACGCCAUCGUCGAGCCAGGCGAGAAAUGUUGGACCUGUUCCUUGCCCUUGCUUAGUCGGCAGUUCUUCGUGUUCCCUUGUCAACACGCCUUCCAUAGCGAUUGCUUAGGAAGGGAGGUGUUGGAAGGCGCGGUAGGAAAGAAGAAGUACAUACGAGACUUACAGGCGCAAUUAGGCAGGGGUGAUAUCACAGGUUCCAGGAGAGAAGAGAUAGUGAAGGAGCUGGAUGGUAUAGUUGCAGAGGCUUGUAUUCUCUGUGGCGACCAUGCGAUAAAACAGAUCGACAAACCUUUCAUUCCAGAGUCAGAUAAGACAGAUAAUUGGACCUUGUGAACUUUUGUAGUAUAAUGCCCGGUACAAGUAGCUAUUUAAACAAAUACCCU